AUGAAAUCAUCUCUCUUUGGAAUAGCAGCAUUUAUGCUGCUCGGUUCUCAAUUUGCUCAAGCGGAGGACUUUAGGAUCAAUCUCGCUCAAAAGCAAGGCCCAGUACUCAAUACACCCGCUCGCUUAGCUAAAGCGCUCAACAAGUAUAACCUUACAAGCCGCGUCUCUCAUGGCCGACUCAACAUGGCAUCCUCUACCAUUGAGCUUGAUAGCGUGCAUGUGGAUGUCGAGUAUGUUGGCUCCAUGGGCAUUGGUACACCUGCUCAAGACUUCAAGAUGGAUUUUGAUACAGGCAGCUCCGAUAUUUGGGUCCCCAGCACGGAUUGUGCACGAUGUGGCAACCACCCACUCUUUGAUCCCGAUGAUUCAUCCUCCUUUGAAAAGCAACCUGGCAACGAGACUUGGUCAUUACGUUAUGGUGAUGGCUCUGGUGUGAUUGGCAGCAUCGGUUAUGAUACAUUCCAUUUGGGAGACUUGAAACAACCCAACGAGAUCUUUGGUCUUGCACGUACCGUCUCCAUUGAUUUUGCUGUGGAUCCUCAAUUAGAUGGUCUUUUUGGCUUGGGCUUCCCAUCACUUUCAGUCAUGGGUGCUAAAAAAUCAAUUGUGGAGAACAUGAAGGAAUCGGGUGCAAUCUCCGAAGCAUCCGUAAGCUUUUUCUUGGGCCGUGCACGCAAUGGCGGUAAAGGCGAAAUUUCUUUUGGCAAACCCAACCCUGAGUAUUAUGAAGGCGAGAUCAAGUACAUUCCAGUGGAUAAGCCAAAGUAUUGGCAAGUACCUUUGGAUGAUGUCAAAGUGGAUGGCGUAUCUGUCAAGAGCGGUCGAUCACUUGAGGCCAUUGUUGACACUGGCACAACCUUGAUCAUUCUUCCAAGCGACUAUUCCAAAGCCAUUCAUGCAGCUAUCCCAGGCAGUCAUUUCAACAGCAUGCAUGGAUGGCGUGUACCAUGCAAGCUUAGGGAGGAGGCUGGCGAUAAGGAAAUUGUGUUUACGCUGGGCGGCCAUGAUUUCCCAAUGAAAGUCGCCGAUAUCGUGCGUGAACGUGCUGCACCAAAGUCAGAGACGGACAAGGAGAAAAUGUGCUUUUCGGGUAUUGCAGAGGCAAAUGCACCUUUUGUCAUUCUUGGUGACACCUUUUUACGAACCUACUAUUCGGUGUAUGAUUUUGAUCGCAAGGCAGUGGGUUUAGCACUGGCUAAGCACGACUAA